AUGGCCGGCGAGAAAGAUCGUAUCGUUGCCGAGUCUGACGAAUCCGCCACCGAAACCGAUUUCGGCUCUCCCCCACCCCGCCGAAACAACCGCGGACGCUCCCGCCGUCGUGCCAAGAAGAACCAGCAGCUUCAACAAGGUGGCGGCGGUCCCCUCGGCGGUCUAGGGGGUGUUGGUGACCUGGGAAACACGCUAUCACAAACCACGGGACAAGUAGGCCAGACUGCAGGAAACCUUGGCGGCGCAGUAUCGAACACUCUGGGAGGAGUAGCUGGCGGAGUAGCAGGCGGAGGUGGUGGUGGUAAGAAGGAUACCUUGAAGCUGAGGUUGGACCUAAACAUCGAUAUCCACGUGGAGCUACACGCAAAGAUUCAUGGUGAUCUGGAGUUAAGUUUGCUAAACUGA